GCCCGCCUGGCCGCUAACCAGGGUCUGCCCGUCUUGUAUUGCGAUAGGCGAGAUGAGCGUCCAGCUCGUCAGUUCGCGUACCCGGAUCAACGCGCCUUUUCCGCUCCCUUGGGGCGCGUGGAAGCCUUGAAUGGUGUUCUUUUGCAUGUUCCUCGAGCUAAACCGAUUCAUCUUUCACUAAACAUUGAACGAAUGCCUCUCCCUCCCUCUCACAUCACUCAUCACCACUGUCAGUCAACAUUUCUCUGUCCGUCCCUCCCAGGAACAAUGCAAUGCGCUUCAAGAGCCAGAUCAAAAAUGUGAAUCUACUGGCAAAAUUCUGCGCCUCGUUGGCCUCGUUGGGCCAGAUUGCCUGGUGCCGACUCGACGACGAUGGUGUUCAGUUCACCAUCAUCCCCGACAAGGGGAGUCAAGUCUGGUCCGUCUUGAGGCCUGAGAUGAUCUUUGAGACAUACAUCCUCCAGUCUGCGUCGCCAAAGAACACAAUCAACCUUGAAGUCCCUAUUCAAGCCCUUUCGCGAGCCCUCCGGUCGGCGCUUGGGGCAACUUCCACACAGAUCAGGCUGACCAAGAAGGACAAUGUCCCCAUACUCUCGUUGACCAUCGUGACCAAUGCCUUUAGCAGCGGGAACAAUGUUGUGGCCCGUCCUACAACCCUUGGGGGUCAGGGCGGCAACGGGGAGUUCGACUUCGACGAUGCCGAUGAUCUGUCGUUCCACGAAGCCAACAAUGGUGGAUCCGGUGAACGAGAGACAAUCAUCACGCAAGAUAUCCCCGUCAAAGUCCUGGCUAUGGCAGUCGUCGAGAGCCUCCACCAACCCCGAACACCGGAACCAGACGUGAAUAUCUACCUUCCUCCACUGACUCAGGUAAAGACCAUAUCCGAGCGCUUCACGCGAUUGGCAAUUGCCACAACCAAGGCAUCUUCCGGCGCCAGUCCUCGGCUGGAACUCAGUGCCAAUAUGCAUGGCUCGCUCAAAAUCUCGGUCAAUACAGACGCUCUCAAUAUUACAAGUCGAUGGACAGGGCUUGCACAUCCCCAGCUCGAUCCAGCGCACUUCCCAGACUUGACGGACCAUCCCACCACCAGAAUGAAGGAGCUGGGGGGACCUAAUGGAGAGAACGAAGCAGGAUGGUCAAGGGUUCGGAUUGAUGCGAAGGAUUGGUCGAGGAUUCUCAGCGUCGGCCGAGUCUGUACCAAGGUCAUUGCAUGUUUCAUCAAUGAAGGAGCCUUGGUACUGUAUGUCUAUCUGCCCCCAGAUGAAAACGGCGAUGAAGGGGAUCCCUGUCUUACGGUAAGUUGCAGACACUUGUCUGAUAUCGAGGGUGCUGACGCUACGCAAGUACUACAUUAGUUCCUUCUCUGCUUGAUCGUGAGCCCAGGAUUGACAUCGCCGAGGCUUGGUUUUCACUAGACUAUGUAGCCAUGUCGUGGUCCUACGUCCGUGAUAUGGUCACACUCGCAGUCAUGACAGAGGUAAAUGCAAGAGACAGCAAAAUUGCGCCAAGAGUGGCCAUGCGCUAGAAUGUACAACUUCUCUUCGCACUAUCCGGAAUGCUGGACUGUACACUGCAUGAGAGCCUGUCCUCGCUGUGUCAAUGUCUUCUCUGGUCAUGUGAUCACGCCGAACCACCAGACCACGUGAUGCUUGGCGCUCUCAGCAGCCUUGAUCCCUCUACCACACUUCUUCCUUUUCUCGCAUCACUCGUAUCCUCGCCCAAACCCCCGGAAAACUGAUUUUCUGCGACUUUGAAGCCACUCGGGGAUUUCAUAGCCUUCGAUCUGCAAAUUUCAAACUAAUUUGGGCAUAUUUGCCAUGUGGUGCCCUCACGCCGAGGAAGUACAGGAGACGGCAGGCGCCUUAUGCGACCUCUUUCGCGGCCAAUUGUAUCUUUUUCUG